CAGAGAAGUAAAAUAGAUAUGAUAGCUUCUGCUUAGGUUGCCUUAAAGAUGUGCAAGUAUAGAUGUAAUGCUGAUAACAUUAAGCGCAUGGCUAUUUGCACACUGUUAGUAUUUGGGAUGAAAUGAGUGGAGGACAUUUGUUGGAUAUGUCAAUUGGGUCUAUGCAUAAAUGAGACGUUGGAUUAGAGUGCAAUUUUUGUGUCGUUUCUAUGUCCAUCAACACUUUGUUUUGCUAUGGACCUGGUCCUUCAUAUUCAAGUAGUGGCAACAAAAGUAUCGACAUCCACAUUAGAAUUCAAGUAGCACAUUGGGAAUUCUUAAAUACACUAGCUGUAUACACCAGAAGAAAUACAAAAAAAAAAAAACUUGCCAUAUUGUUCUGUCAGUUUCCAGCAUUAUAUAAUUGCACUCCAUAACGUCGCAUGUGCUCAUCUUUUCCUCCUUAUUGGGUUUCUUCACUUUUUCCAAGAGGCACUACUAGUCAACUUAGAAGUCCUUGUUAAGAUCCUUAUUUCAAAACCUGACUUGAUUAACUCCAAAAUCUCCUUAUAUGCAUGUGGCACUUGCAUAAGGAUUUUAACAACAGCUCUAGAGUUAUAGCAAGAUAAAAUGGUGGUGGCUGAUUUAUUCGGUGCUGAUGGAGGUGGUUGGAGAGAGAUGAAAGGUUUUGUCCUUACAGUGCUUGUUGGCCGGUGGUUCAUGGUCUUCUCGUCACUCUUGAUUAUGGCCAUGGCUGGUACAGGUUACAUGUUUGGUAUGUAUUCUAACGACAUCAAAACAUCGUUAGGCUAUGAUCAAACUACUCUCAAUUUGCUUAGCUUCUUCAAGGACGUGGGUGGCAAUGUUGGGAUCUUGUCAGGGCUCAUCAAUGAAGUCUCCCCACCAUGGGUUGUUCUCUCUAUAGGUGCAAUCAUGAAUUUCCUUGGCUAUUUCAUGAUUUGGAUCUCUGUCACUGGCCGUAUUACAAAACCAAAAGUUUGGCAAAUGUGUCUUUAUAUGUAUUUGAGUACAAAUGCACAAGCAUUUUCUAAUACUGGAGCUCUAGUCACCUGUGUUAAGAAUUUCCCAGAAAGCAGAGGUGGUGUUAUUGGCUUGUUAAAGAGCUUUGUUGGUCUGAGUGGUGCAAUUAUGACGCAAUUCUACCAUGCUUUCUACGGAGAUAACUCCAAGGCUCUCAUCUUGCUUCUUGCUUGGUUUCCAGCUUGUGUUUCUUUCGUAUUUCUUCGAGUGGUUCGGAUAAUGAAGAUAGUUCGACAAGCCAACGAGAACAAAAUCUUCCAUAAAUUCUUCUAUAUUUCACUCGGUCUUGCCAGUGUGCUCAUGGUUUUAAUUAUCAUACAAAAGAAGUUCAGCUUUACUAGAAUCGAGUAUGUUGGAAGUGCUUCUGUUGUUGUUGUAUUGCUUCUUCUCCCUAUAGCUAUAGUUGUUAAAGAAGAACAUGAUCUCCGGAAGAGCAAGAAAGUAGCCUUGAAUGGUCCAUCUCCACUAGAUGUAGUGACUGAAAAUCUUCCACCAGUUGAACUAACAAAACUGUCACUAGAGCAAUCAACACCGCCAGCCAGAGCUCCAACUGCGGCAGAGAAGCAAGUUUCUUGUGUUACCAGCAUUUUCAAUCCGCCAGCCAGAGGUGAAGACUACGGCAUAUUGCAAGCACUUUUCAGUGUGGAUAUGCUGGUACUGUUUGUGGCAACCGCUUGCGGUAUUGGCGGCACGUUGACAGCCAUUGAUAAUUUGGGUCAGAUUGGCCAGUCACUCGGGUAUCCAGCUCGUAGCACUGCUACCUUUGUGUCACUUGUUAGUAUAUGGAAUUAUCUUGGUCGAGCAGUGGCAGGCUUCGCCUCUGAAAUCUUGCUAACCAAGUACAAGAUCCCUCGUCCUCUCUUGUUCACAAUUGUGCUUCUCUUUUCUUGUUUUGGGCAUCUUUUAAUUGCCUUUGGAGUCCCAAAUUCUCUCUAUUUCGCAUCGGUGAUUAUCGGUUUCUGCUUUGGUGCACAAUUGCCAUUGAUGUUUGCCAUAAUAUCUGAACUUUUUGGUCUGAAGUACUAUUCAACACUGUACAACUUUGGUGCUGUAGCAAGCCCAGUGGGUUCAUACGUGCUCAAUGUGAUAGUAGCAGGCCAUUUAUACGACAAAGAGGCAUUGAAGCAAUUAAAAGCUAAAGGGCUUAGAAUGGAAGCUGGGCAGGACCUGAUAUGCUAUGGCGUCCAGUGCUACAAACUGUCUUUCCUCAUAAUAACUGCAGUAACAAUUUCUGGUUGCCUUAUUUCCCUUGUAUUGGUACUGAGGACCAGAAAAUUCUACAAAGGCGAUAUCUACAGGAAAUUCAGAGAGGAAGGAGUCGCAGCAGAGAAGUAACAUUGAUAUGUAUAUAAAAGUAUAAUCAAGUAGGUGAAAAAUUUGUAGUGUCAAAUUGUUGUUGGCUUCUACUUUGGUUGCCUUGAAGAUGCCAUAUGUAUCUUGAUUUAGCCUAGAUUUAAAGCAAAGUAUUAAUAUUAAUGUCUUUA